AUGGCUUCAUCUGGCACAGGAGAGUCGGACACCACUGACCCUAUACCCGUAGUAUCGGACGACAGAGUGUCAUCGGAGCGAGAGGUGUAUACUUCGGACACCAUCAGUACAGACGACGAUGAUUUCCAGCCGUUUGCACUACCCGAUGCCGUGAUUGAGCCCGCUGAUGGCCCCAUCGCUGGGGAUUUGCCGCUUGUGGUGAUCCCUGCUCCCAUACCCCUUGCCAUGUACCCUGUUAUCGAUAUGCCUCUUGACGUAGUCGCUGAUGACGACGUCGAUUUGUUUGACGAGGAGCCACUGGAGGAUGACGUUGAGGGCGAGGCCCUUAUAGCUGCCGACGAUCUCUUGCUUCUCGCAGAUGCUCCUACUGAGGAGUCACCUGCCCAUUCACCUGUCCCAGACUCUUUCGACUCUGUGGCAUCGGCACCAUCACACGCGCAGGGCGCGCAACACUACUCACAUGAUUCAGACCCCGAUAGGGCGUCAUCUGCUGCACCUGCCCCUGCCCUGUGUUUUGCUAUUGAUCAUGACAUUGAUGAGGAUUCCGACCCCGAUGAGCAUGCUGUUGAUGCUCAGGUUGAUGCCCUUCACAUUGCUGAUAUUCCUGCUGAUCCUGUUAUUGCCCCUCCUUUUCCUGACCCGGUGCCUCUAGAGCCCGACCAUGCACUCUUUGCGACUCAUGUUGACCCCAGUUAUGCGCACACGCGAAAUGGGUGGAUAGAUGACGAUGAUGAGUACCCGCCUUUUGUGGUGCCAGUUACACCUGUUCCAGCACCUGCUUCAGCUCCUUUUGAUGCACCCUUGUUUCCCACACACACUGCUGAUGCUAAUCGCGCAGAUCUGCCCAUCACAUUUCUCCAGGAGAUCCCUCCGCCACGUCCUGGAGAGGGCUCUUCUCGUCAGCCUUUCGGCCAUGCACCUUUUCUGACUGGAGGAGAUCAGUUUGCACCGCAGAUCCCUCAUCAUACUGCUGUUCCCCCUGUUGCACCGUUUACUGUGCCAUCUUUUACUCCAUCCAGCGAGCCUUUUCUCUGGACCUACCGCCCAUCAUGCCACCAUCUGAUCCCUAUCAUCCUUAUCACAUGGGUUAUUCUGUAG